AAACAGUUUGAAAAUAAUUGUCGCGGCGAACAGUUGAACGGGACAUCAUGUUUCUGAUAGCAAUUGCCAUAAUUUUGGCCACCAUUUUGGUGUUCAAGGGUGUGAAGAUAUUCAACUACAUAGACCACAUGGCUGGCAUAAUGGAAAUGAUACCAGGACCAACGCCCUACCCAUUUGUGGGCAACAUAUUUCAGUUUGGUCUGAAGCCAGCGGAGUACCCGAAAAAGCUAUUGCAGUAUUGUCGGAAAUAUGAUUUCCAGGGAUAUCGUUCACUCGUCUUCCUGCAGUAUCACAUGAUGCUUAGUGAUCCAGCGGAAAUUCAGAACAUUUUGUCGAGCUCAUCGCUGCUGUACAAGGAGCACUUGUACUCCUUUUUGCGUCCCUGGCUGGGCGACGGUCUCCUCACCAGCUCCGGUGCCCGCUGGCUGAAGCAUCAAAAGCUCUACAUGCCGGCAUUUGAGCGUUCGUCCAUUGAGGGCUAUCUGCGUGUGGUUCAUCGUACAGGCGUAAAAUUUGUUCAGCAACUCAAUGAACUGACGCAGACACAGGAGAUGUUCGACGCCCAGGAGCUGGUGGCCAAAUGUACGCUGGAUAUUGUGUGUGAGAACGCCACUGGGCUGGCCAGCAACUCACUCAGCGGCGAGCCAUCGGAUUUGCAUGGGGCCAUCAAGGACCUCUGCGAUGUCGUCCAGGAGCGCACCUUCAGCAUCGUGAAGCGUUUCGAUGCACUUUUCCGCCUCACGUCCUACUACAUGAAGCAGCGCAGAGCACUGUCACUGCUUCGCAGGGAAAUCUUUCGAAUUAUUACGCAGCGACGCCAGCAACUGGCGGAGGAGAAGCCAAGUGGGCAAAGUGGCAAACAAAUCAAUAAGCCAUUCCUCGAUGUCCUCUUGGCUGCCAAGCUGGACGGACGUGCCCUCAAGGAACGUGAAAUUAUAGAGGAAAUUUCCACAUUUAUAUUUGCAGGCCACGAUCCGGUUGCUGCUGCCAUUUCCUUCACGCUGUACACACUCUCGCGGCAUCCGGAGAUUCAGCAGCAAGUUUUCGAGGAGCAGCAGCGCAUCUUUGGCCAGGAUCUGUCCACAGAGGCGGAUAUAGCUAAGCUGGAUCAGAUGCGCUACCUUGAGCUGGUCAUACGCGAGACGCUGCGUUUGUAUCCGUCUGUGCCGCUGAUAGCGCGAACCAACCGCAAGCCCAUCGACAUUAAUGGCACCAAGAUAGCCAAACGCACCACCGUCAUUAUGUGCCUCAUUGCCAUGGGCUACAAUGAGAAAUACUUCGAGGAGCCGUGCGUCUUCCGUCCCGAGAGAUUCGAGUGCGCAGGCGCAGAUGUUGGCAUUGAAGCCUUCAAGAGUGUUCCCUUCAGUGCGGGGCCCAGGCGUUGCAUAGCUGAAAAGUUUGCCAUGUAUCAACUGAAGUCGCUGCUGUCCCAGCUGGUGCGCAACUUUGAGAUUCUGCCCGCCAUCGAUGGCUUGUCAUCGGGCAUCAACGAUCAUUCCCAGGUGGAGUGCGUGCCCCAAAGCGAGUACGAUCCAGUGCUGAAUAUUCGCGUGACUCUGAAGUCCGAGAAUGGCAUUCUAAUCCGGCUGGGCAAACGGUCAGUCGUGGAGUAACUUAACCCGAAAGUGUUUUA